GUGUGGACAAUGGAGAGAGUAAAUCGUUGUUCUCCAGUCUCGGUGAGCUCCACACUAUUUCCCAGCGAGGAUUCGGCUCGGGCUAUACAGUCCGACCGGGAAGUCGAUACCCCGUGAUGCGCCGAAGCCCCUCCCCCUCUCCCUCCCCCUCCGAUAGGUCGAUAGGAAUCACCUCCUCCUCCGCCCCUGGCUCAGAAAGACCCGAUUUGAGCUCCGGUCGCGGUCUAACCAUCCUGAAGUCGUCCAGUCUCAGCCUCCCCUCCGAACCAAAGGAAGUUCGGUUCGUGAUGCGGAGCGCCAGUGCGAGAACGCGCUCCAGAUCUCCCUCUCCGUCCCCCCACGCCUCCCCAUGCCCCUCCCCCGUCCUCAGCGGGCCUCUCUUAGCCCUGAGGCCAUGGAGACAGCGUCCACUCAACCUGUGGAAUAAAUACGACGUUGGCGAUUGGCUGGAAAGUGUCGGACUCGCUGAACAUCGCCAACGCUUCCAGGAGCACGAAAUCGAGGGUUCCCAUCUCCCCGCGUUAACGAAGGAGGAUUACGUGGAGCUGGGCGUCACCAGACUGGGUCACCGGAUCAACAUCGAGAGGGCCCUCCGAACGCUGCUGGACGGAUCCACUUGACCCCUGACCUGCCAACCCUUAGACACCCUGAACUGUGACCUCAUUACAGACAUUAAACACUAAACGAACGCCAUCUCUUUGACUAGAAAAACCUUAACAGUGAUUGAAUCUUUAGACCUUUUUACCAACGUGGAGUUUGUAUCUCCGAGUGAUCUCGCUGACUCUUUGUCUGAUCAGCUCUUUGAUCAAUACAUACACCGGAGAGUGGUAGCACCGAGGUCAGUGUCCAGUGUCUAGCCUUAGUGGUAUUUAUUGAAGUAAUGCAUUCCCCCAGAAACCAUGUGUUUAUCAAUCACUCAUCUCAAUUACCUUGAAUUCUUAAAAAAAGGUAGUUUUUGUCGCAAGCCUCCACGGUGAACGAUGAAUUUAAAAUUAUAGUCUUGUUGAAUUGAAGGCUCUUUAACAAGUGGUGCAAUAAAAGUCUUGUUUAUUAACCCUACUUUUUGAAAACCCUUUGGAAAAGUUGCACGCCUGCAAAAGUGUGUUGCGAUUAUGAAAGUUGUACCGAAAAAUAUGAAAGUCAGAUGAUGAUCAUGAUCCAAGUUACAACUGCAUCGAUAAGUCGAUCGAGGGAAAAAUAUUGCCUCUAACUAUGUCAGUGGCCAGUAUUUAGCUUUAGUUAUUUAUUGAAGUACUUAACCAAGAAAGUACUUUAAUCUUUCACCUCAAUGAAUUUGAAUUCUUAAAGAAAACUAUGUUUUUCUGGUAUGGUGAAUAGUAAUUCCAAAAUCAAAGAAAAGUCUUGAUGAAUUUAAGUGAAUAGGGGCCAAACAUUGAUUUAACAACCUCUCACCAACUUGCACACAAUUUGUGCACUAUAACAGAUGUCUGAUUUAUCCAGGUGCUUGCUCACUAUUUCCAAAUAAAAGUCCUUUUAUCUAAAAACAUACAACUAAAAACACUUUGGGAAUUUCAGAAAAGUUUAUUUGGUUUUGGCCUGAAAAAGACUUGGACUUUGAGUCUUUAUAAGUUCUAAAGCCAGCUCAUAACAUCCACAUAGUGUUCUGUAGCAUACCGUUAGCAUACAUAACGUUAGCAUACAUAACGUUAGCAUACUAAGCUAAUCACUGGACACAGACCUCUAUUGUUAUUAUCUAGAGGUGAAAGACAUGGAUCAAAGAGCUGAUCCGACAAACUGUAAACAAAUAUAAUGACGGGUUAUUUUCCUCGUGCCAUUCUGCUUCCCCGGGCGACGUUAUCUGGACGAUUAGCGAGUCUCUACAUCAAAAACCACGGGAGAUAUGUUGAGGAUAUAUCUCCGUCUUUCUCGUGACUUCUUUUCUUCUGUUUUUUAAAUAUCACCCGUGACGAAUCUGUGUUUAUUUAGUUUUUCAUAUCUUAACGCUGAUCAUUUAGAAUUUAUGAAUAACAAGUAAUAAUAAUGUGGUGGUGAUGACUUUACAGAGUUUAUAAUAGUUUGGAAAAAUGAAUUUUUGAGUUCCUUAUGAUUUGACAAUGAGUUGAAUUUCUGAGGUCGUUGAAUUUGAAUUUCCGGCGGCGUUCUGAAACUCAUGAUGAUUUGUCAAUGAGUGUGACUUUGUGCUGAUGAUGUGCUGUGUGUUUCAGGGAGAGCUGCAGCAGAGCUCCAACUGGUUUCUAACCUGCUUUACCGAGGGCUUACUGUACAUGGUGCUAUCUGUUUAAAGCCAUCUGUACAGAACAAUACCUUCCUCCUUCCCCUCCUAUCCCUUCCUUACACUCACACACCAAACUCUUAACGCUAUUAAUCCUAAAUGAAUCAAUCAAGUGCGGCUAAAUCACCAGGAACAGGCCAUACAUGGAGUUUCCUCCCUGCCAUAUUGGGGAUUUUGUCCCUGCCAUACGUGGAGUUUCCUCCAGACCAUAUAAGGAGUUUAUAAUAGACAUCUUAAAUGGAGUUGCCCAAUUACAGUUUAAUAUGCGCCUGAUAUUAUCCAACAAACUGGUCUCCUACAAAAAAACUGCAUUCUCAAUUACGUUAAUUCGCUUUAUGGGAAUUUGUAGCCAAUUAGCUUGGGUCAAAAAGACCUCAUCAUGACAAUAUCACCCUAUUACAGUUUUUAACCAAAUAUUGCUUGGAUUUAACCAUUUUAUAGUUGGCGGGUAACCAAUUAGUCAACAAACUAAUACUACAUCAUCACUAAAUAGUCUUGCCUUGCAAUCUUGAAAUGUGAUUUUCCGUUUUUACCCAUUUUACACACAAUUCAGUGUUAUAUUACCCAGAUAUUGGUAUGUAAAGUACUACCCAAAAAUUCAUCGGAUAUAUCGCCCAGCCUUAUAAAAAAAAAGCAUUUAAUUAGAAAUUAAUUAAAAAGCUAAUGCUAGCCUUUUAGCAUUGUUAGCUGACACCUUUUAUACUUAAAAUAAAGUUAAUUUAACACCAUUUCUCUAAAUUUUAAAAUGUAGUUUCUACAUCUGUACCAUAAAGAAUAUAAAUUCCAAGUGAAUUAAAUAUCUGAAGUCACGAAAAGGUGUACUUCUUUAACUUGUUCUACUUUAAUUAGGAAUCUGAGUUAAUUAUUACUUUAACGGAGACACCUACGAUACAACAACUCCAUUAUUCCAAAUGUCUUCACACAGUAAUUUAACAACACAAUCUCACUGACAUGUUCCUCUUGAAUCCCCCCUUUCUAAAGCACAAUCAACUUGCCAGUGCCUGUUUCCACAAAACAACGAAUAUAACCGCGUUUGUAUAUCGCUUUUUACUCCCAGCCGAAGUACCUGAACUCGAGCCGAACCACAAUCAUGAAUCCCAAAGUUGUAAAAGUUCACGGUGCCAUUUUCCUGAGAGAGUUAUAGAUUGUAUAGUCUUUGUACAGCACAAUACAGUAGACUUUAUAGUCUGUAUAAUACAUAUUAUCCUAGAAUAAUGUAGCUAUAGUGUAAUAUGUAAAGUAUAGUAAGAUGAUGAAAUGUAUACUGGAAUAUUUUUGGUAGACUGAAAGUCUAAAAAGGCUUUUGUGAUAUUCAGCCUUUUGUAAACAGCCACACAUCAGCUGUUUAUCUUCAGUUUACUUUAUUAAUAAGUCUGAAUCCACUUGUAUGAUUUUAUAAAUGUUAUCUAUAUUAACUUUAUCAUGCUAUCCAUUUAUAGAAGUUCCAAAUAAUUACGGAGAAGGGGGAGGGGAGGGAAAAUAGACAAAAUCUCAGAAUUUGCAAGAUUAAAAUGUUAUAUUUACAAAUAUAUUUAAUAUUUUCUGGUGUUAUAAAUCAAAAUUGUGUUGGAGGAAAAUAAGGGAUUAGUUAAAGGGAAUAGACGUUACAAAAUCCUGAUUAUUUUUUCAAUUUUUACAGAGAAUUUACCAUUUUUUUCCUGCAAAUGUAUAAUUUUAUAAUCUCAGAUUUGAUCCGAUAAUCUUUCUCCAGAUUUUACCAUUUUAUUCUGGGUAUUUAAGAAUGAGGUUUUUUUUAAAGUACCAAAUAAUGUGUAUUUUUGUGGGAGGGGUUUUGUUUUCCAAGUUUCCCAAUUAACACAAGCACCCUUGAAUUAAUUGACACAGCUGAUGUUGAAUUUCAA